AUGGCCAAAUAUAACGAGUUUUGCGCUCUAGUUGCUACUGAAUGUCCUUCAAUUAUCAUGUUGAGUGAAACUUGGCUAACUUCCUCGAUACCUAGUGGGAUGGCCUUUUUAAAUGGUUACACGUUAUUUAGAAAGGACCGAGCUGAGAGAAAGGGUGGUGGUGUUUGUAUUUACAUAUUGGAUCAAAUACUCGCUGACUUCGUGGUGAUUCCUUUGGAUGUAGACACGGGAAAUAAUCGUCUGUCAUUCCGCGAUCCUGCUCAACUUCUGGUAAAUUUACUUAAUGACAGCCGCCUAAGGCAGCUUGUAACCAAGCCUACAAGAUACAGAACUGGUCAAAGUCCAUCCACCCUCGACCUCAUUUUAUCUUCUGAUAACACGUCACUAGCCAAUCUAGAUUAUCUCCCUCCUAUUGGCAUCUCAGACCACGUGACAUUAAAGGUGGAUUUGCAGAUAUGCUCUAUACCCUCUAAAAAGAGGAUUGACACAUUUAAGAGGUCAAUUACAGAUUAUAAAGCUAUAUGCAGGUGUUUAAAUAAGGUCGACUGGAAUAAUUUAUUGAGUGACCCUUCAGUCUCUAACAACUGGAACUCCUUUAAAAAUGUUAUUAAUGUUCAGAUAGAACAACACACAACCACCUCUUUCGUUAAACGUUCUUCUAAAAAGCCCUGGAUCAACAACUCUAUCCUAAAAUUUAUUAAAAAAAAACGAGCUCUAUGGCGUGCAUUCAAAAGAACAGGUCUUGAGGCUGAUUAUAAGAAACAUAGGUCUUUCUCAAAUCGGUUGUCAACUAUAAUUAUAGAAGCCAGAAUAACCUACGAGAAAUCUAUAGCUGAUGGUAAAGACACUAAGCGGUUGUACAAACACAUUCGAACUCAAUUAUCCGGCCCAGUUGGAACUAAUUUACGGAUAAAAGAUGACACGGGUACAGUGGUUGAUAGUGAUAUUGAGGUAGCCGACUCAUUUGCCAAAUCUUUUUUAAAAAUUUUCGUACAAGAACCGCCCAAUGACAUAAUGCCUAGCAUCCUUGGAGUACCUAAUGCAGCUGUUAUCGAUGAUGUUCUAUUUUCCAGUGACGCUGUCCACGCAUCGCUCACUCAAGUAGGAGAGAGACGGAUGGCGAACGCUGCCGAACGCUGCCGAACGCUGCCGAACGCGAAGGCCGAUUGUGCCUCUUUGUCGCUCGUUCCGCGUUCUCGCUUGCACUUCAAGCCUUACAUGGGACGCCUCAGAGCGAGGUAA